CUACUCAUAAAAGACAAUGACUACUGAUGAGGGAGCCCAGAACAAUGGAGAGAGCCCGGCUGCUGCUGUUGCGGACCGAGGAGAGGAUAUCACCUCUAAGAAGGACAGAGGAGUCUUAAAGAUUGUCAAAAGAGUGGGGACUAGUGACGAAAAACCAAUGAUCGGAGACAAAGUUUCUGUCCAUUACAAAGGGAAAUUGUCAAAUGGAAAGAAGUUUGAUUCCAGUCAUGACAGAAACGAACCAUUUAUCUUCAGUCUUGGCAAAGGCCAAGUUAUCAAGGCGUGGGACAUUGGGGUGGCUACGAUGAAGAAAGGCGAGAUCUGUCACUUACUGUGUAAGCCAGAAUACGCAUACGGCGCCGCUGGCAGCGUCCCCAAGAUCCCCUCGAAUGCCACUCUCUUUUUUGAGAUUGAGCUCCUUGAUUUCAAAGGAGAGGACUUAUUUGAAGAUGGAGGCAUUAUUCGGAGAAUCAAGCAGAAAGGAGAGGGAUACUCAAACCCAAACGAAGGAGCAACAGUAGAAAUACACCUGGUGGGCCACUGUGGUGGGCAGUUGUUUGACAGCCGGGAUGUGAUCUUCAUUGUUGGCGAAGGAGAAGACCACGACAUUCCAAUUGGAAUUGACAAAGCCCUGGAGAAAAUGCAGCGGGAAGAGCAAUGCCUUUUGUAUCUCGGACCACGAUACGGUUUUGGAGAGGCGGGCAAGCCUAAAUUUGGCAUUGAGCCGAACGCUGAGCUCACAUACGAAGUUACCCUGAAGAGCUUUGAAAAGGCCAAAGAAUCCUGGGAGAUGGACACCAAAGAGAAACUGGAGCAGGCUGCCAUGGUCAAAGAGAAGGGCACCGUAUACUUCAAGGGAGGCAAGUACACCCAGGCGGUUAUUCAGUAUGGGAAGAUAGUGUCUUGGCUAGAGAUGGAGUAUGGUUUAUCAGAAAAAGAAUUGAAGGCUUCGGAAUCGUUUCUGCUCGCCGCCUUUCUGAACCUGGCCAUGUGCUACCUGAAGCUUAGAGAGUACAGCAAAGCUGUGGAGUGCUGUGACAAGGCUCUUGGGCUGGACAGUGCCAACGAGAAGGGCUUGUACCGGAGGGGGGAAGCCCAGCUGCUUAUGAAUGAGUUCGAGUCCGCCAAGGGGGACUUUGAGAAGGUGCUGGAGGUGAACCCCCAGAAUAAAGCCGCAAGGCUCCAGAUCUCCAUGUGCCAGAAGAAGGCGAAGGAGCACAAUGAGCGAGACCGCCGGAUUUAUGCCAACAUGUUCAAGAAGUUCGCAGAGCGGGAUGCAAAGGAAGAAGCCAGUAAAGCCAUGGUCAAGAAGCUGUCAGAAGGGGUCACCAAUGAAAAAACAAUGGAAAGCCAAGCGAUGGAGGAAGAAAAACCGGAAGAAGGCCGAGUAUGACACCACGCUAGGAGGGAUGAGCUCCGAAGGAACUCAGCCUCCUCCUCAAUGGGCUGCCACCCAUCUCAGGACGAAGCAGUGUUUAACGUUCACGCGUGUCAUAGUCUAUGUGAUUCUGGAAGCAAAUGGCACGAACCAGUAGCUUCCCCAAAGCAUCCCCCUGCUGCUGCCCAGCACACUCAUGGAGGGGUAGCAUGGGACCACUCCUGGAGGAACAACCCCCCCGAAAGGACCGUUGGUGUGGAGAGACUGAACCCCCAGACCAAGUCCAGCCCAUUUCAGUGUAUGGCAACAUUCAACGUCCUAUCCCGGGUCCCUUGAGAUAAUCCGUAUCAAAGACGAGGCCAUCUGUUGCGUUUUCA